UUGUGAGAUUAUAAAUAGAAUUUUCUACUUCUUUUCAGUUGAGAAUUGGGAGAAAAAGAUUGGCGUUUUUUUAGUCUAAUUGUCUCGAUUUCAUCUUUUGAGUUCGUGAUUGAUUUAUAAAGUUGAUAUAUUCAGUUAUGGGAGGUCAUGGAGGUCUUAACAUUCUCCCUCAAAAGCGGUGGAAUGUGUAUAACUUCGAUAACCGAGAGAAAGUUAAAAAAGACGAAGAAGAAGCUGCAAAAGAGGAGCAACUAAAGCGCGAGCAGGCUCGAAAGCGCGAUACUGAGUUUCGCCUCGAGCAGCUUCGUGUUGCACGCGGAUUGGCUCCGUUAAUAAAACCUGAGAGUCCGAACAAAGUGGAGAAUGACGAGUCGGAAUCAAAGUCGAAUCACAUUAAUUUAUUUGAGGGGAUUAAGAUUUUUGAUCCGAUUAAGACGUUGGAGAAUGAAGGAGAGGGGUCUAAGAAAAAGAAGAUGAAGAAAGAAGAGGUGAGAGUUGUGACCGCGGAGGAUGAGAAGUAUAGGCUAGGUUAUGGUCUUGCUGGUAAAGGAGUUAAGCUGCCGUGGUACCUUGAGAAAGCGAAUGAUAAUGCUAAAGACAAGGAGAGCGGAAAUGAUAGGUCAACUCGAGGGGAAAAGGAUAUGAAGAAGGGUGGGAAGAAGACAUUGGAAGAGCUAAGAGAAGAAAGAUUGAAGAGGGAAAAGCGAGAGAAGGAGAGGGAACGAGCAUUGUUGGAGAAGAGGAUGCGAGAGGAAAGUAUAAAGAGUCGAGGUUUUUCCCGGAGGUGAGGUUGUUAAAAGUUACAUUUUAGAUUUUAAUGUUAUAAAUUAAUAUUUGCUGCUGCUCGAGUCUACUGCUUGAUGUAUAUUAGCUCUUCAAUUCCAGCAAUGAAAUUAGUUAUUAACUUGA